AUGCGUGUAUUUCGCAAACGUAAAAAGUUUGGAACUGGAGAUCCAACACCGCCGGUAGUUUAUCAAUGGGCGGGUGAAGCUGCUGCAGCAGAGGUUUAUUAUCCUCGACCGGAGGAUCUAUAUCCUGAUGGAAAUCCAGGUGUAUACUAUCCAAGUGAUGGUUUCGACGACCGACAAAUGAUGGGAGCCACUGAUGAAUGGGACUGGACGUAUCAGCAAGAUCCGGCCGUUAACGCUGCUCCACCAGAGCUUCUGCCGCCAAGAAAUGUACGUGUUGGAUCACCAUUCCACUUUUUAGGCGAGAGAGGAAGAGAAAGACGAGCUUCACCUGAGCAUUUUCAACAUAUGCGUGCUGGCUCUCCACAACAAGUUUACCGUCACAGGCGUGGUUCUCCAGUGCAUUUUCAACAGCGUCCCGCAUCUCCAGACCAUUUUUAUCAAGCACGAGCGGGCUCGCCGGUGUUUCUUCGCCGUCCGGGAUCACCCGAACGUGUUCCAAAACAUCGUCGACGUAAACGCGAUGAAAUUGCAAAUCUUAUGCGUAACGGUAGUGGAGCAAACUUGGUGCCACCCGUUAUCAUGCCAAAUGGACGAGCGUUGCCAGAUCCAAUGUUUAUGCAGCAGCAGCAACAGCAAAUGUACUACAAUCCGUGGGCACCUCCAUUUCAACAAGGCCCACCGUGGGGCUAUUAG